AGAAUCUUUUGUUUCCAAAUUUCUGCCUUGAAAUCACUCACCAAAAUCCUGAUCCACGUUUGUUUUAUCAUCUCAUCUCUUUUCCGGUGGGGAAAAAAAAGGACGAUCUACAUUCUACAGGGAUCUUCACCGAAAUUCGGAUAAAUGCUGUUCUGGAAGCACGAGAUUUUGUAGAAAUGGACAAGUGACUAAAUUUUUUGAAAUGGAUGCCGUUGUUUUGAGAACAAAGAUUCCUCCCACUUCCACUUGCUUCAACUGUUACUUCCCCAUCCAUUUCUGAAUGAUUUCUUCUCCCAAAUAUCCUCAAAUCCAGGAGAUUGUUUGUAUUUUCUCUUUUUCUUGCUACUGCUGUUCCUGAUCUUUCUUCUUCUUUUAUCUCGUGAUCUUCUUUGCUUUGAUUGUUGAGAAAAAGAUGAUGCGGUUUUGUCUUAGGGAUUGAUAUUCAAUUUUCCCUCCAUUUUGAAUGCCGGAGAGGGGGUUUCCCCCUGUUUUGCUUACUGAUAUUGCAGGUAAUUUCAUUAUUCAAUCGACCCAAUAUAGAGUUUGAUGUUCUUGUGAUGGGAAAUUGUUGACUGGGUUUCUUAUUGUUGAAACCCAGAUGUUUUUUAGGACUGACAAUGUCUUGCCAGCUUUUAAGUAGUCAAUCUUGUAUAUCUGCUUAUGUAAAUACUCGUAGAAUUCAGCAUCAAUGGAGGUUGAAUCCUCUUCAGGCUUUACCACCAUCAUCAACUCUAUUGCACACUGAUGAAAGUGAACAUUUUCCAGAAUCUAAAAAGAGUUCUGGGUUCAGCUCAGUAUUGAAAACGAGUAAAGAUUCAACUGGUAUUUUGCUAAGUCAAUCAAAUUCAGUGGGUAUAUUAGGGGGAUCUUCUGUGAAUUCUACUGUAAACUUCUUGGGAAAAUUAGUUAAAUGGAGUACCAAAGAUGGAGAAUCUGGUCUUCCUUUUGUUCUUUGCUCUGAUCCAACUCUUAGUAACGAGCUCCAAGUGUUUGAUAAAAGUUCUCACCCAGUUCUCAACUACAAGAGUGAGGAUUUAGGAUUGGACUCAAGAUUAGUAGUGGAGAGUUUGAAGAGUAAGAGAGCUUUUCUCGAGAAUUCGGGUGCUCGUUGCAUUGUUAUGCCUUGUCACAUCUCUCAUUUAUGGUAUGAAGAUGUUUCAAAAGGGUGUCCUGUUACCUUCCUUCACAUGGCUGAUUGUGUUGCUAGAGAGCUCAAGGAAGCUAAGUUGAAGCCACUCGAAGCUGGGAGUCCCUUACGGAUUGGAGUUCUUGCAACCAAUGCAAUUUUAAGUGCAGGGUAUUAUCAGGAGAAACUGCAGAAUGAAGGAUUUGAGGUGGUUCUUCCAGACAAAGCAACUAUGGAGCAUACUGUAAUUCCUGCAAUUGAGGCUCUAAACAGAAAAGACAUAGAAGGGGCAAGGAAUUUACUAAGAAUUGCACUUCAAGUUCUUUUGGUGAGGGCUGUCAACUCUGUCAUCCUUGCCUCUGAUGAUAUAAAGGAUCUUUUGCCCUUGGAUGAUCCCCUUCUUAAGAGAUGCAUUGACCCAAUGGACGCAUUAGCAAGGUCCACUAUCAAUUGGGCACAAUGUGCUGAAUAAGGUAUUUGGUCCUAAUCUUCCUCCUGUUACACUUUUCAAGACCUCAAUUUGUUUUAAACUUUUUUGUCCUCAGAACUUUGAACAAAAAAAGUAUCAGGGUAUAUGUUUAAAAUCUACUGCAUUGUCUUAAAUUGUUGAGUUACAAAUCAUGUACAAGGUCAAUACUGGUAGAAUUGAUUGAUCAUCCAACAUGACCUCUCUCUCAUUUCAUAGCAGAAGGAAGACCGUUAACCAAAUAGAAUUAGAAAUAUGGAAAUUAUUUGAAUACUAGUAUACCUCUGUCCUUCCCCUUGUUUUAGUUUCAGCCUGCAAUUUACUUCUCAUUUAGAUCAUUACUAUUCAUUUAUGAAGUACCCAUAUUUGUCACAAAAGGGUAUGAUCCUAUCUACAGUUAAAAAGGACAUUUUGGCUUUUC